AGCGGUCCCAGUGAGACGAGUUGAGCCGAGCCGCCUUCCGCCGCCGCAGUAACCCCUACACACAACAACCCAACGAGGCAUCCCCCACUCUGAAUCGCACAACAGCCAGAGCGGAAGUGCUAGUCAGUCGGCGAGCGACCUUCCGACAUCACGGGUUAGCUUUUACCACAUAGAUAUAUAUAUACAUAUACAUAUAUUUGUAUAUAUACAUAUACAACGGCCCAAACGUAUUAACAUCAACUGGCCGCACAGGAGCAUUUACCGGCGGGGGAGAGUACCCUUGCCACUGCUUCAGCAUUAUCAUCAUCAUCAUAAUCAUUGUUAUCCACUCACGACUGUUAUUACACUCCUGACGUCCAACGCCACCAGUCUCCCCACCCCUCAUCACUCAAUCCAACGGUUUCAUUGGCUGACAGUGUCCCAUCCCCCUCAAGUCUUCGGCAUUUACUUUGUUCUAAAUUUCUCACAUUGAGAUUUAGAACUGCCAGAGCUGAAUUGACAGAAAUAAUUACUGAAAGUAAUUCAUGAUAUCGCGAUCGGUGGAGUAACGGUGGAAUAAUUGACACAUUCAAUCGGUGAAGUAACGGAGUUUUUGUGAAAUAAUUACCGGAUUUUGUCUUCAAGUUUUGUUCACCAGAGUAUACAGGAGUUAAACUUGAAAAGUUGAACGUAAAUAUACGAAGUGAUUGACCGUGGAAUAUCGGGGCAAACAAGUGGUAGCUGAAACGUCAACUCAGACGCGAUUGAACACGGCAUCUCCUGUGCAUACUUGUUGAGCAUACCGACGAUUCCGACGCUCCUCUCACCAUUACUUAUUCCCAGGCGUUCGAGAAUCGUCAGAAAGGGGGAGGAGAAAAAACAAACGAUAGAGCCAAUAAGUGAGUUAAAGGAGGAUAGAUAAUAGUAUUUGGGUAUUUGGGAUUCUCACAGAUACACUCUCUGUUAUCUUGUGCUGUUGAUCUCUUCUGGCUGUACUUCGUUAAUAGUUAACCACGUGCGCGGUGAAAAAAAAAGUCAGUAGACUGGGAGUUAAGCUGCCGUUGGCUUGCGAAUACACUUGGCCGUUAAUAAUUGACUGUCAGUGGUAACUGGGAAACAUCAUCUGGGUGCAUUAACUCCGUGAAAUUUAUAAUUUACAAAGUUGGCGGUAUAUUUAAUCGACAGUGACAGUAUAAAAGAGUGUUAUUUACACAUCAGAGUUGAUAUAGGAAGAAGAUUAAUAAAGUUGUGUGAGUAUAAUAUAUCAAAAUCACGUCAACAGUUGUGCGUAGAAUUGAAAAGAAAUCUGAAGUACUCAAGGUGAUACAUCAUCAGAUUGGAGUGAGUGGUUGCAGUGGCAUUGGUAACGAUCAAGUAAGGGGAACAAGUAGUGAAAGAUAUCACUGGUCGGGCCAGUGGUGUAACAAUUGUACGAGAAGACGGGAUAUUAGUGAGGCCUCGGCGUCAAGCGCCUUGGCUCGUAGUACAUCGGGCCCCGGGGCUGCGCUGGUGGGUUGCCUUGUUGGUGUCUACCCGUGCUCCUCAUCCACGGGACCCAGGGGCCCCCCUAUAUCCCAUCAUUUAAUUCAAACUAUACCUAAUCAGAAUCAGGGCUGUCGUGCCUGUUGCUGUACCCAUAGCAACCAACCAGCACCGGUUCAACUCACUAGCCAACGAGCCGGUCUAUCUCUGAGGGUUGCGAGGGUGGCGACCACCACCUCCGUCCGCGCCGCCCCCUACGCCCAUCCCCAGCAUCAAGGCCUAGGACAGGAGUGCAGGUAAAUCCUCUGGCCAUGAGCAUUUAGAGAAAAUAAAUAAACAAAUUAAUAAGUCACAAUUAAUAAAAGAAAAUUCUGUUGAUCCACUGACCCUCAUCCUCACCCUUAGCGCUAUGAUUGUUUGUAGGAAGUAACAUUCAGUUGUUGUAAUAAUUUUUCUCCCCUUCCACUUUGUUAAAAAAUUUUUUUUGUCAUUUUGCAUUUUGAGUUGAAGCCAGUAGUGAAUUUUGUGUGGGAUUUAUUGGAAAAAAAUUGCAAACAAAAGAGAAAAAAAAUCCCAAAAAAAGGUGUAGGGAGGAGACGAGCGCUGUGGGUGGAGGUGGUGCGCACAUUCUCGGUAGCCCGAUGCUGUUCGUCCCAUUUACGGUGCCCACCUUCCCCGCAACACAUCAGACUACCCAUCCUGUGCAUCAGACGCAUCAUCAACAAUUGGGUACACCAGUGGCGAAUCCAGUGCAACAUCAAGCAUCCCAAAUCAAUCAAUUGAAUCAACUGAAUCAUUCAGGACAUCAGGGAAUUGGUACAGGUACGACCAAUCCAGUGACUGUACACAGUGCCAAUUGUUCACCACAACAGCAGCAGCAUACGAGCCAGUCACAGUCACAGCCACAGUUACAAUCACAGCAAACUCAGCAACAGGCAACAACACCAAAUAAGGAAAUGAAAGUCAACUGGGCAACAUCACCGGGAAACCAGCCAAAGCAGGACACAAGCAAACACUAUCACAUAUUCGUUGGAGACUUGAGUCCGGAGAUCGAGACGCAAACGCUGAGAGAAGCUUUCACACCGUACGGUGACAUCUCUGACUGCAGAGUUGUCAGAGAUCCACAGACCCUCAAGUCCAAAGGAUAUGGUUUCGUCUCGUUCGUGAAAAAAUCGGAGGCGGAGACUGCAAUUACCGGAAUGAAUGGUCAGUGGUUGGGGAGUAGAGCCAUCAGGACGAAUUGGGCGACUCGUAAACCACCGCCUCCAAAAUCAGAAGCAAAUGCCAAACCAUUGACAUUCGACGAGGUGUACAAUCAGAGCAGCCCGACAAACUGUACGGUCUACUGCGGUGGCCUGACAAACGGACUCACCGAGGAACUGAUGCAGAAAACCUUCUCAGCCUUUGGUUCUAUCCAGGAGAUUCGAGUCUUCAAGGACAAGGGUUACGCCUUCGUGAGAUUUUCCACAAAAGAAUCGGCAACACACGCCAUCGUUGCGGUUCACAACACAGACAUCAAUGGUCAAACGGUCAAGUGUAGUUGGGGAAAGGAGAGUGGAGAUCCAAAUAAUGCACAGCAAACGGGACAACCACUGUCUUCAGCCACGUACCCUUACUACGCUGCUGCAGCGGCGCAGCUGGCCGCAGCCGCAGCCGGUGGUGUGGGUAGUGUAGGUGGUGUUGGUGGUGCUGGACAACUGUCAUACUGGUAUCCUCCCCAAUCUUAUCCUACGACUGCUGCAACGCAAAUGCAAGCAGGUGGAUUUCUUCAAGGGAUGCAGGGCUACACAUAUGGACAAUUUGCUGGCUAUCAGCAGGCACAGUAUAUGGGAAUGGGUAUGGGUGUUCAUGCGGCGGGCACAGCAGCAGGAUGGGGCCAGGGUUUACCCGGUGGACCUCAGUUACCGCCUCACCAUGCAACGACAGUGACGGCGCCUCCUGGUGUACAAACUGCCCCACCACCCCCACCACCACCAGCACAAAUGAUGGCCUAUCCUAUGCAACAAUUUCAGGGACAUGAGCAAGAGAGGACGUAUGACCUGCCUCGAAACCUGAACUAAUAGACUAAUUUGCCUUCUCAUGAGAAAAACAAAUCGGACACAAGACUUAACCAUUCGUUUGUGUGUUCAAAUCG